UGUUUCAUCUUGAUCUCGGAAGGAAUCACUAAGAAGAGAGGUGGGAUAUAUAAAUUCUCAUUCACCUCCAGGCACCAAUUAGCAUGUUUAGCGUGCAACAAUGAUAUUACCCGGCCAAUUUUUCACCCAAGAUUCUGGAUUCUGCUACUACAUAUAAAGUAAAGCUUUUUAGACUGUAGUAUAUAGCGUUGUUUAAAUAAGUUUGUCACCCCGAGAAUAAUUUAAUAGUGCUUGUGUUAGUAGCCAGAUCGGACACGGAAACACAACUGUUGAUUCCGCACGCCCUUUAAGCAGCUUCACCAGCAUGUGUUUAUUCAUUUGAACAGGUAGCGUCGUCAUAUUCACUGAUAAAGAGUUAUACGAAGCCAUCCCAAGCCAGGGCACACUUGCAGUUUCGCAGUCCGGUGUUUUAUUCUUGAGAGAACUGUUGAACUGUUCCGGUGUUAAAAAGUAGAUUUGGAUUGGAAUUCAUGGAUUCGACAAAUAUAACAAGCCACUGGCUUCAAAAUGUGAACGGUUUAGGCGGAAUGUACAAUUUCCUUGUGUAUGAUUUAGCAGACCAUAGAACGAAGGAUUUACCGCUGUUGCAUAAUCCAGCAUGGAUAGCUUCUUUUCUCGUGAUAUAUCUGCUGCUAGUGUUGCAUUUAGUGCCAAAGUGGAUGGAAGAUCGAAAGCCGUUCAGACUGAGAGAAAUAAGCAUAAUUUACGAUAUUUGUCAAAUUAUCGGUAGCGGAACAUCCAUUGCUUUAUAUUUUAACUAUGGAUGGAACUGGGACUUUUUCUGGGAAUGCAAGGCGCCCGAUUUCUCCAAUGAUAUUAAUUCGAUUGGAUUUGCCCGUGCAGCUUAUUUUACGUACUUACUCAAACUAUCAGAAUUGAUCGAAACAGUGAUGUAUGCACUUCGGAAAAAGAAUAAUCAAAUUAGUUUUUUCCACGUUUAUCAUCACUGUUAUGCCGUAAUCACUGCCUCCGGGUUCGCGAAAUACGGAGGAGGAAGCAUGCUGAGUUACACAAUCAUCGUUAAUAGUAUAGUUCAUGUAUUCAUGUACUCGUACUAUCUGAGUUCUAUCUUUGCAAAACAGUUGCCUUUCAGUCUCGUUCCAAUGAAGAAAGUUAUUACGAUACUACAAAUUGUUCAACUGACGAGCGUGUUGGUGAACUUGUGCUAUGCAUUGGAUACAUCAUGUCCUGUUCCAGUACUACAUUGCAUGUUCCACGGUCCAAAUAUGGCUUUGCAAAUUAAAUUGUUCGCCGAUUUCUACAAAGCAACCUACAAAUCGAAGAAACCUAUCACGAAAACCUCCGACACAUCUGAAGCUAUCGCGGCAGGAACGCAGAGUGCACAUAAACAGAAACAAAUGUAAAGCAAAAUUAGAAUUAGUGUGUAAUAUUAAACCUAGUGAUUUUCCAAAAAUUGUCGAAGAUCAAUUGAAUUAAUAUCUGGACUGAAGCCGACUUCAUUAAAAAUAGGAAUAAUAUUGAGUCUGCCUCGAAUGAUAAUUUGUUAGUGUCUAUAAAUAACACAAAAUACACUAGAUACUUUUUUAAUUUCUACGGUAGGUAAACAAUGUUUCAAAACAUGCAACCUUUUAUGAAUAUGUAUUAUCAUGAAUGUUUAUGCACGACGUUCAGUUGAAUGGAAUAUGGAGAACCUAACAAUAUUAGCAUCAUGAAAAAAACGCUUAAUGCAUCAUUUAGGUUGUACAAUUGCAUCGGUUUAAUAUUUUAAAUAAUUUUGUGAAGUUUAUUGAGAACCCACGUCAACUAAAAUGAAUUGUUCUACAAAUAUUUCGCUCUUUUUUAUUAU